CUCCUGAGAAUGAUAGUCCCAUGGAGAUUACUACAGCAGAGCCACAAGUUUCUGAGGCAGUAUAUGAUUGUGUUAUUUGUGGACAGAGUGGGCCCUCCUCUGAAGACCGACCUACGGGAUUGGUUGUACUAUUACAAGCAUCCUCAGUUUUGGGUCAGUGCCGGGACAAUGUUGAGCCAAAAAAGUUGCCAAUUUCUGAAGAAGAGCAGAUUUACCCUUGGGACACAUGUGCAGCAGUUCAUGAUGAGAGGCUUUCAUUAUUACAGCAUUAUUUUAAGGAUAGUUCUUGUCUUUUGGCGGUGUCAAUUGGCUGGGAAGGAGGUGUUUAUGUACAAACCUGUGGCCACACGUUGCAUAUAGAUUGUCACAAAUCAUAUAUGGAAUCGUUACGGAAUGACCAGGUUCUUCAGGGCUUCUCAGUGGACAAAGGAGAAUUCACCUGCCCCCUCUGUAGGCAGUUUGCUAACAGUGUUCUUCCUUGUUAUCCUGGAAGCAAUGUGGAAAAUAACCUUUGGCAACGUCCUAGUAACAGAAGCAUACAAGAUCUCAUAAAGGAAGUGGAGGAGCUGCAGGGACGGCCGGGAGCUUUCCCAGUAAGCAUCAGUUCAGAAACCAACUUAAGUAAAGAAAUGGAAUCUGUAAUGAAAGAUAUAAAAAAUACCACUCAGAAGAAAUACAGAGACUAUAGCAAAACCCCAGGCUCCCCAGACAAUGAUUUUCUCUUUAUGUACUCUGUUGCAAGAACUAACUUAGAACUUGAAUUGAUUCACCGAGGAGGCAAUUUGUGUUCAGGUGGUGCAAGUACAGCUGGCAAAAGGUCUUGUUUGAGUAAGUAUUAAACAGUGUUAAAUUUUAGAAAAUUUUUAUUUAUGUCUUUAAUGUCAUUUUUUAAAGCAUAUAUGGGAAAGUGGCCUUUUCAAAUUCUGUCUGUUAUAUGAUAAAUUUUGAUAGU